UGCAAAAUUAGUCAUAUCUAAUUCCAAAUCCUUCAUUUCCCUCUAUCAUAAUGGCACAGGGUCCUAAAUCUGUAGCAUCUCUCAUCCUCUUCAUCAAUCUUAUAAUGUACGCAGUUGUUGCUGCCAUUGCUGCUUGGGCUCUAAACUAUGGUAUCGAAGAAACUCCUGAUACAGUGAAAAGCCUGACACUCCCAGCUAGGCUGUUUCCGAUAUACUACCCUAUUGGAAAUCUUGCGACAGGAUUCUUCGUAAUGUUUUCGCUUAUUGCUGGGCUUGUGGGUAUUGCUGCAUCGCUCAGUGGACUGCAUAAUGUGCUAGAAUGGAGGGCUUCCAGUUUGUUAUCAGCUUCGGCUUCUUCUGUUAUAGCUUUGGGACUCACACUUUUAGCCAUGGGGUUGGCCUGGAAAGAGAUCACCAUAAGUCCUAGGGCUCCAAGUCUGAGGGCAAUGGAGACACUGACCUUCAUCCUGAGUGCUACACAGCUGCUUUGCACAGGAGCAAUCCAUGCAGGAGUCACAGGGAUCACCACGUAUCCCUCCACUGGAAGAGUUUGAGAGCUCAAACUUCUUUUGAUGCAUAUGUUGUGUCAUUAGCGUCUUCAUUCCCUGUGCGUGAUGUGUGAAAUAUCGAUAAGUUUCCUGUUUCCUUUGUUACUGGUUUUCAGCAAUUCUUCUUGAGAGAGGUGUAUUUGAAUAUAUAAGAAGUGAUGAUAUUUGAGGGCUUCGCUAAAUUUA